CUCUCAAUCUCUUUCUUAUUAUUUUCCUUCAAAUUCUCUCCUUUGCUUUCCCUCUUUCAAAGCUAUUUUCUUUUUAUUUCUCUCCCUCACAAAAAUUAGCAUCCAAAGACCCUUUUCUCUUAUUCCCUCUACUCUGCUUGUUCUUGAUUUUGUUCUGAUUCUUGAAUCAAAUUCCAUCUUUUCUUUCAUUCUGGUUUGCUCUGUUACCUUUCCUGGGUUUGCUUCAUUUUCACUGGAAAAAUCUCUUAUUUUCUUCCUUUUUCAAUCAAAAGAUGGGGUUUUCAAAGAAGACGCAAGUGGAUUCCGGUUUAGAUUCCGAAGGAAAAAAAUGGGUAAUCGCUGGAAUCGCUAUUAGGACUUCACUCAAGCCAAUAAGCACAAAACCAAGAGGAAAAGACAGCGAUGAUGGCGAUGAAGAGGAGUGUUCUACAACCCCAACUGCCAAAGAGGCAAGAAUACCAGAAAGAUUGCCGUGCCCGCCGGCACCGAGGAAGCGGCGGCCUUCUUCGAGGUGCAACUACAACGGCGUUAGGGAGUUCUUCACUCCUCCUGAUUUGGAGUCAGUGUUCAAAUGCUAUGUUGAGAAGGCAAAUUGAGAGAGAGAGACUUCUACUUUGUUUGGCCAAAAGAAAGAAGUCGAGUUAGAACUUAGAGAUUUGUAGUGUUUUUUUCUAUUUAUCUCUCUUCUUUUCUUCUCCCCUUUUACUAUUUUUGUUCAUUUUUCUCUCUAUCUUUAUGUUUGGUAGUGAUUAGAAGCAGAAGUUGUACAAAGAUAUGAUUUUUUUUUCUUUAUGAAAUGACUAGUGUAGUUUUUGGGUUGAAGAGAAGUUUCUUGCUUGCUUUAGAA